GAUUCGUGCGUGACGAGCUCUCGCAGCUCCGAAUGGAGAGGCUCGGGUGUAGACACCGCAUGGAAGCCGGCCAUGUUGGAGAAGUGGGCUUGCCUGUCGAAGGUGCCUUCAAGUACCAGGUGGCUGUAGCCGCCAGUUCGGAGGCUGGCGGAGGCGUCUAUGCCAUCCCCUUUGCGCAGACCUGUGAGCGAGUGGUCUGCAUUGACCCCGAGUCGGGCCGCAAGGAGGAAGUCGGCGAGGAGCUGUCUCUAGGACAAGCUCGAUACGUGGCUGCUGUGAGCGCCGGGGGAAAGAUAUUCGCCGUGCCCUGUCAUGCGCGAUAUGCCUUGGAGGUCGACCCGAAGAUGAAGAGCGUGCGGGAGUUUGGGCAGGAGCUUCCUUACGGUGGCCUGAAGUACCAGGCGGCCGUCUGUGGCCUCGAUGGAUGUGUUUAUGGCAUCCCUUUCAAUGCGCCACGCUUCUUGAAGAUCGACCCGGCGACGGGUACGAGCCGGGAGGUGGGUGAAGCUCUACCCAGUGGGGGCUUCAAGUACAUGACGGCAGUGGUUGCUCCAAGCGGAAGGAUCUACAUCCCACCUUUCGAUGCCGAGCAGGCCUUGGAGUUCGAUCCCGCCACGGCCUCCUGGCGGUCUCUGGGGCCCAGCUUCUCCGAGGGCGGGCAGAGAUAUGUGGCAGCUGUCCUGGCCAGCAAUGGAAGCUUGUCGCGUGGAAGGGGCUUCUCCUUGCCA